CUUAAGUUGUUUUCUUGGUCCACAUACUUUCUUCCCUAUAUAUGGUUAUGUUCUGAGUUUUUCCGCAACUCACCUGCUCCAUAGAACUCUCUUUGGAGCUUCCUGCAAAGCAUUUACUUUCUCACCCUUUUGCCCUAUUGUGGAGAUCUCCAGGAGUCAUUUGAUCACUGCCGCGUUCUUGUUCCCUGCAUUAUCCGAGUGGAACAGCUGGUUUUGAGGCAUUUCAGAAUGGAUCGCGGUGAGCAUCUGGUUUCUGUAGAGUUGCAGGAAUCUCCCGAACCAGUUCCCUCACUCCUUAAAGUUAUAUCAUCAAAUGAAGUGGCUGGCUUCGAUAGCAUCAUACAGGAAAGUGAAACAUCUUUCUCAAACCCAUUCAAUAUUUCUCAACCCACCGGUCAUCAGAGGAAGCUUUCUAUUUCCAUCAGCAUGCCCUCUUCUCCUACUGCAGUUAGCUCAGCAGGCACCAAAAGUGUCUUUUUUCUUGAUGACAAUGCAAAAGAUUUCAGAGAUGGAGUUCCGGAUUCUUCUCAGUCAUCAGAGACUCUUGGUAACAGAGAGCCCAAACGAGUCAAAUUUCUCUCUCAGCCAAUGCCAAAAGGAUCAGUCUUCGGGGAGGCAGCUAACAUUAGAAACAUCAAUCACCAUCCUAGUAUUAAAAAGCUGAAGGACAAGAGAUUUGAUUCUUUCAAAACAUGGUCCGGAAGACUUGAAAGGCAGCUAUCAAAUUUACGUGGAAAGCCGCGGGGAAGUGAAUCAGAAGAAGACUCUGUGAGAAGGAAUCCAGAGAAUGAAGCAUUACCCGUGGACCGAUACUUUGAUGCACUGGAAGGACCAGAGUUGGAAACCCUGAGGGCUUCGGAGGAGAUUGUGCUUCCAGAUGACAAGACUUGGCCUUUCCUUCUUCGCUAUCCCAUCUCUUCAUUUGGUAUCUGUCUCGGGGUGAGCAGCCAAGCCGUUAUGUGGAAAACCUUGGCCACUGCUAACUCUACAAAAUUUCUUCACAUAAGCCUGAUAGUAAAUCUCAUCCUCUGGUGGAUUUCUGUUGCUCUAGUAGUCAUUGUUUCUUCCAUCUACCUUCUGAAAGUCAUUCUCUACUUUGAAGCAGUUCGUCGUGAGUAUUACCAUCCAAUCCGUGUCAACUUCUUCUUUGCCCCUUGGAUAACUCUUCUGUUCUUAGCUCUAGGAGUGCCACCUUCAGUUGCCUCAAGCCUGCCUGUAGCUCUGUGGUACGUUCUUAUGACUCCAAUCUUCUGUCUGGAGCUUAAAAUCUACGGACAGUGGAUGUCAGGUGGUCAACGAAGGCUUUCAAAGGUGGCUAAUCCUUCAAACCAUCUCUCAAUCGUUGGGAACUUUGUGGGGGCACAAUUGGGUGCAUCAAUGGGACUUAAAGAAGGGCCUAUCUUCUUCUUUGCUGUUGGGUUGGCUCACUAUACAGUCCUUUUUGUAACUCUUUACCAGAGACUUCCAACAAAUGAAACACUCCCAAAAGAGCUCCAUCCUGUAUUCUUUCUGUUUGUUGCAGCACCAAGUGUUGCUUCAAUGGCAUGGGCCACGAUCCAAGGCUCCUUUGAUUAUGGAUCACGCAUUGCUUGCUUCAUUGCCUUGUUCCUUUAUUUCUCACUGGCAGUUCGAGUUAACUUUUUCCGAGGAUUCAAGUUCUCAUUGGCUUGGUGGGCAUAUACUUUCCCAAUGACUGGUGCUGCCGUUGCUACCAUGAGAUAUUCAAGUGCAGUGACGAAUAUAGUAACUCAAACUCUUUCUAUCAUACUCUCUGUUGUUGCUACACUCACAGUAACAGCUCUGCUCAUAACGACUAUAUUGCAUGCUUUUGUCCUACGAGACCUCUUCCCUAAUGACAUUGCCAUUGCCAUUGCCAUUAGCGACAGAAAACCAAAACCUCAUAAGAAGUGGUUCAAUGUAAGACAAGGAAGCUCAGAUCAUAGUAAAGACAUUGAAACUUUCUUGAAAUUUGCAAAUGCUGACAGCAAAGAUAUAGAAGCUGCCUUAAAGAUUCCUACUGCAGAAGCUAAAUGAGUGUAAAGCUUAAUCAAUAGCAGGUUUUUGCCACUGUGAUCAGCCUCAGUUUCAAUCAAUAGCAGGUUUUUGCCAACAUUUUUUUGAAUCUUCAGCACUCAGACAUGUGAGGAACAUCCACCUUAGAGUUUUCAUGUUUCCAGUGACCAUGUGUGCAGAGAGAAAUGAAGGUUUCUGGCACUUUCUGCAGCAAGAAAGGAGGAAUGUGUAAAAUCAUAAUGAGUUGUAAAUUGCAGCGUGUAUGAAACAGAUGUUGAUAAAAGGUUUUGCAAACACGAUUUCUUGUUAUUGUUUAAAAUAAGGGCCACAAAUUCUGAAAGAUCA